AACGAUUCUCCGCAACUCUUAGGAGUUCAACCCGUUUCGAGCCGCACAAGAGAACAAUUACGUGGACAGGAUAUAGUCAUCACCAACGACGACCUUAAGCCAGUCAAAGCCGAGCCUACACGUGACAAAUCGCCCACUUCCAGCGACGACAACUACACUCCAUCAAAGGAACGGAGAACAAAACAAGUAAGAAAAUUAAAACAUAAGAAAAACCCUAAAAAUUCGAAAACUGCUAAAAGAAAGGCUUCUGUUUUGAACACAUCAGAAGUUCUUAAUAGUUCUCUCGACUUCCAGGCUCGUCAAAUCGAAAUAAGAAAUCUACCCAAAAGAUUCAAAGACUACUGA